AUACGUAAUUUAAAGAGCAAUGGCGGCAAGUUUAGGUGUGCUGGAAGAAAAGACCAGCAAAAACAUCCUGUUUUGCAAAAUACUUGUCGUUGGAGCUGGUGGAAUUGGCUGUGAAUUACUUAAGAAUUUAGUACUUACGGGUUUUCAAGACUUAGUGGUGAUUGACUUGGAUACAAUUGAUGUAAGCAACUUAAACAGGCAGUUCUUGUUUAGAAAGGAGCAUGUUGGAAAGUCCAAAGCACAGGUUGCCAAAGCCAGUGCCUUGACUUUUAAUCCAAAUGCAAAAAUUGUGGCACAUCAUGACAGUAUUAUGAGCCCAGAUUAUGGAGUUGAUUUCUUUAGAAAAUUUGACAUGGUUAUGAAUGCUUUGGACAAUAGAGCUGCCAGGAACCAUGUCAACAGAAUGUGUCUGGCCGCAGACAUCCCAUUGAUAGAAAGUGGUACUGCAGGAUACCUGGGACAGGUUACCGUCAUCAAAAAGUCGCUGACAGAAUGUUAUGAGUGUCAACCAAAACCACCUCAGAAAACCUUCCCAGGAUGCACCAUUAGAAACACGCCAUCAGAGCCCAUCCACUGUGUGGUAUGGGCUAAACAUCUGUUCAAUCAGUUAUUUGGGGAGGAAGACCCGGACCAGGAUGUAUCACCUGACACUGAAGAUCCUGAGUUAACAGCUGAAGCAGGCCAGACAGCCCUGGACCAGAAGGAAAAGGCAAACACAGCAGGGGGGAUAGAGAGGAAAUCCACAAGGGCAUGGGCAAUGGAGACGGGAUAUAACGCAAAGAAAAUAUUUAAUAAGUUAUUCAGGGAUGACAUUAAAUACUUAUUAUCCAUGGAAACUUUGUGGAAGAAGAGGCGGCCCCCUGUUCCCCUGGAUUUUGAUAAUCUACCACAUACAGAGUCUGCCGAGUCGUCCUCUAUGAUGAGGGAUCAGAGAAUUUGGUCAAUGAAGGAGUGUGCGACAGUCUUCAGUGAUUGUCUGGCCGGUCUCAAAGAGGAGUUUGCCAAGCAGGGGGAGAAUGGCAUGCUGAUCUGGGACAAAGAUGAUGAACUAGCCAUGGACUUCGUAGCCUGCACAGCUAACAUCAGAUGCCACAUAUUUGGUAUCAACCAAAAAACCAGAUUUGACAUCAAAUCAAUGGCUGGAAACAUUAUACCCGCAAUAGCAACAACAAAUGCCAUCAUAGCAGCACUGAUAGUCAUGGAGGGAUUGAAGAUCUUAAAUGGAAAAAUAGAGGAAUGCAAACAAAUAUAUUUAAACAGACAACCCAAUCCUAGAAAGAAACUUCUAAUACCAUGUGCUCUUGACAAACCUAGUCCAAAGUGCUACGUUUGUUCCUCAAAGCCAGAAGUGACAGUCGUGCUAAACACAGGCAAAAUUACCAUAAAGACAUUGGAAGACAAGAUUUUGAAGAGUGCUCUUGGAAUGGUUGCGCCAGAUGUAGAGAUUGAUGAUGGAAAAGGAACUAUUUUAAUUUCAAGUGAAGAGGGGGAGACAGAAGAAAACAAUGACAAGUUUUUAAGUGAAUUCCAUAUAGGAAAUGGCAGUAUUCUUAAAUGUGAUGACUUUUUACAAAGCUACGAAUUAAAGGUGAUAAUAGCCCAUGCAGACAAACUGGAGGAAGAUAAGGAGUUUGACGUGGUAGGAGAUUUAUCAGAGCUCCAGGCCAAACCUCAGGAGGAGAAAUCAGCCGAUCAAAAUGGGGCUACUACGGACCACCAGGACGAAGAAGAUGACCUUAUGGUGGUGGAGGAUAUUGAUGUGGUGAAAACUGGGACGAAACGCAAAGCUGAUCAGGAUAUUGAGGAGAUCAAGGCCAAACGAACGAAGACCAGCAGUGAAGAGAAUGAUGAUAUUGUCGUCCUCUGAUUAGAACAGCUCCGGAUAUCUGAAUUGGAGUUUUGCAAUAUUCAUACACAUUGAACAUAGAUAUAUCACCAAAAGCACAUAAUUUCAGUAUUUUUGUAUGUCUUAUGAGAACUUCUAACCUGACAGCCAGAAGAUCCGAUGUGUAUGAAUUUCUGUGUCUCGUUCAUGUCAAUCAGGGUUUCCAUCCGUAACAAUUUAGUCAGGUGUUAUUGGACUUUUAAAAAAUGUUCUGUGUUGUGUGUUUUGUACAAGUCAAUGACAAGUUGAAUGUUGUGUGAAAUAUAAAAACAGGAACAGUAAAUUGAAUAAUGAGAU